AUGUUGCGUCAAAAUGCCCUUCCACCAUUCAUCCAUCCAAACCAGACCUCAACGACAUCUGAGAUGGAGGCACUGGACAACUGCAUCAGUCUAGUGUAUAUGAUGGGCAGUGGACUAAGUGGAAGCCGCAAGCUGUUCUGGAAGAAUGUACAGAUGGAGUGCGAACGACUGUGUAGCGAGGCCUGGAAAUUAUCCAGUUGGGGACUGCUUGCGGCUAUGCAGUCUGUGUCUAUUUAUAUCCUUUUCAGAUUAGAUGAAGGUGAAACGGAGCACAAUGAUUUCGAUUCGCUGUUACUCAAUACAGUGACAAUUAUAGCCCAGAAUCUUACCCGAAAAGACAUCGCAAACAACUACAGCCGCGAACGAAGCUGGCGAGAUUGGCUCUAUGAGGAAUCAAGACGCAGACUAGCGGUCAUUUACCGAGUGGUGAACAUGCUGGUCUACUUUGACCCUGCAACAAUGUGCAAUCUGCCCCCAGAUCUAGUAUUGGCACCACUUCCAUCUAAGAAGGAGCUCUGGGAGGCAAGUGACGAGCAGUCCUGGGACUUAGAGAACAAAAGGGAUCCUGCGGCAGGAAAUGCUUUUGGUCUGGCGAGAAGCGGAGAGCUUGUUAGACUAGGUAGUGAUUCCGAUGAUGAGGGAUUGGUCCAUUCUGCGAUUACUUCUGUGAGCCCUUUACGAAUGGCAGCGAGUUGGGAGGAGUGGUGUGGUGGCAUGGAUGGGUUCGGGGGCCUCAUCAUGCUUGCUGCUUUGUUGGUGGAUCCUACUUGA